AUGCUUCAAGUUCCAGUUCGCGAACCCACCAACCUGGCCUCGACCAAGGCCGUGAUCUUGGUCGGGGGUCCAUCCAGGGGAACCCGGUUUAGGCCAUUGUCUCUCGACGUGCCCAAGCCCCUAUUCGAAGUCGCCGGUCAUCCCAUCCUCCGUCACUGCCUCCAAGCCGUCGCUAAGAUCCCCGAUAUUCGCGAAGUGAUCCUGGUCGGGUACUACGACGAAUCAGUCUUCCGAGAAUUUAUCAAAGACUCUGCCAAGGACUACCCCCAGCUCCGCCUCCAAUACCUACGUGAAUACACGGCCCUGGGAACCGCCGGAGGUCUCUACCAUUUCCGCGAUGCCAUUCUUAAGGGGAGGCCGGAGCGCAUCAUUGUGCUGAAUGCAGACGUCUGCUGCUCGUUCCCGCUGGGUGAGAUGCUGAAGUUGUUCGAAGAGAAGGACGCAGAGGCGGUUAUUCUGGGAACCAGGGUCAACAACGAUGCGGCCACCAACUUCGGUUGUAUAGUGUCUGACUCGCACACCAAGCGUGUGCUGCACUACGUCGAGAAGCCCGAAGGCCACAUCUCCAACCUCAUCAAUUGCGGUGUCUACCUGUUCUCGACCGAGUGUAUCUUCCCUGCGAUCCGUAGCGCCAUCAAGCGCCGCACCACCCGCCCCCGUCUGGUCUCGUACCCUUCGUCUGAGCACCUUGACGCAUCGUUCGUCGCGGCCAACGCCGAAGAGGACUCGGAGAAGAGCGAGGUCAUCCGUCUCGAGCAGGACAUCCUCUCCGACCUGGCCGACAGCAACCGAUUCUUCGUUCACGAAACCAAGGACUUCUGGCGACAGAUCAAGACGGCCGGCUCCGCCGUCCCGGCCAAUGCACUCUACCUGCAAAAGGCGUUCCAGGCACAAUCCGAAGGACUCACUGCUCCCUCCGCGACCAUCGUCCCGCCAGUCUUCAUCCACCCUACUGCGACUGUCGACCCGACCGCGAAGCUGGGUCCUAACGUCUCCAUUGGGCCCCGUGUGGUUGUUGGGGCCGGUGCUCGUAUCAAGGAUUCGAUUGUUCUGGAAGACGCCGAAAUCAGGCAUGAUGCAUGUGUGAUGCACUCGAUUAUCGGGUGGAGUAGCCGGGUGGGCGCUUGGGCUCGUGUCGAGGGGACUCCGAUCCCGAUGGGCAGCCACUCUACUAGCAUUGUGAAGCAUGGAAUCAAGGUGCAGAGCAUUACGAUUCUGGGUAAGGAAUGUGCGGUUGGAGAUGAGGUGCGGGUACAGAACUGUGUUUGUCUGCCAUUCAAGGAGCUCAAGAGGGAUGUUGCCAACGAGGUUAUUAUGUAG